GACCCCCUCGUUCACCCUCCAAAUAUCGGAGCCGCCAUGUCCUUCCUCGCGACGCCGAGCCGGGGCCUGAAGCGGCGCGGCGACGCCAGUGCAGCCGCGGACGCACCGCCCAACAAGGGGCAGAUUUCGGAGCUCCUGGCGGCAGGAGAGGACGUCAGCACGGUCGCGAAGUUGCUCGUGGUCCUUGCGAAUUUGUCGCUCACGAGCGCCGCAGACAUUCGGGAAACCACGGGGAUGCCGUGGAACGCCAGUUUAGCAGACGUCAAGGGCAGCGUCGCCAAGCACAUGCUCGAACAAGGUCGCGUUGACCACGAGGCAACCAAUGCCGCCAAGAACGACCCAGCCGCUCUCGAGGCCCUGGGGCCGCCUUACGCGCACGUCUUCGCAGGGCUCAUGCAGGGCGUCGCGGGGUGUACCUUGGGCGACUCAAUGAAGGUGCCGCUUGCUUCUUUCUGGGAGGAACCGGUAGUGGAGGAGGGCAGGGCGCCGACGGAUCUCCUCGGCAAAGUGUUGCCUUGCAAGUGCAAGCCCGCCAAAUCGAAGGAGGGCAGGCCAGGCCUUGUGCAGGUCGCGAUCGCCAUGGGCGCCGCGCGCGCCGCCCUGCAGAGCUGCCUGGCCAAGGCAAUGACGACGAACGGAAGGGUUCUCAAGCGCGGGCCUGCGCCCCGCGGCCCGCUCGAGAGGGCGGCGCAGGAGCUUCUCGAGGAGCUCGGGGUUGGCAAAUCCAAGAAGGACAAGGGCAAGGGGACAAUCAAAUGAGUGUGCCUACAGACGGUGGGGUUCGCUUGGCUGCUGUUCAACGGGUGCAGAUUGGACAGUUUUCGCAUCGUCAACUGCAAGUGGUGGAGAGAGGUCAAGUGACUUUCAACGCGGUUCUGAGGCACCCUGGCGUUGGUUCUUCUAGUUUCGUUCUGCAGCCUCAAAUUCGCAGGCAGAGGGGGUGGGUGACCGCCCGAAGGGGUGUCGUCGAGGUCGUCGAGCCUGUCGCUGUCGCCGUUGAGUCUGUCGUGGAACGUAACGGUCACCUCCCAUCCAGUAGCCCUCAGCAGCCUGGUGUCGGGCGUGUGGGGGCUUAGCGUUCAAUCUUCACGUUUCAACUUUCACAGUGGGGAGUUGGUUGCCUUGCCCUCGCCGCCUCCCAGCCCUGGACUGCGGGGCUGUGUUCGUGCGCCCGCAAUCCCUGGGCCAGGAGCGACGCGUGGCGGGCGUAACUAGCUACGCACGGGAGCAUUAUUUGUGGUUUGUGGUGGUGCGGGGGAGUCCGUCGGCUUAGUCGGCCAGAGACGGUGCUCCAGACCGCCCGUGCUGUGUUCCUGCUUGCACGGCGGCCACGUAAAUACUUUGGCAGUUCCUCAGGGCGUAUAGGCAAGCAGUUUCGAGUUAUAAACUGGCGAAAGUCGCCAGGAGUGGCCCACGCUUCUCGCGUAUACGAGCUGAUUGAACUGCCCCCAAAGCUCGAUUCCGAUUCCGAUUCCGAUUCCUCAGCUGUCCUCUACGACGGAGGAGGCG